AUUACAUUUCCCAGUUCUAUAAAUAAGAAUCAACACCAAAGAUCUUGAAGUCUCACCAUGGCUUUACCUAGUUCAUUGCUUUUAUUUCUACUCUGCUCGCUCCCUCUAUUAUCCUCUUCUGCCGAGCCCAAUCAAAUUGUUCUUCCAAUAUACAAAGACUCAUCUACUCUCCAAUACCUCAUUCAAAUAAAACAGAGAACUCCCCUGGUUCCGGUUCACCUAACUAUCGAUCUCGGAGGCCGGGCCUUAUGGACCGUCUGCGAAACUGGUUACAUUUCUACCACCAUUCGCUCAGGCGGCUGCAACACCACUCAAUGCCAGCUCGCGCAGGCCUCUAAAAGCUGCGAACCCUGCUCCUGGACGCUGUACGGGCCUGGCUGCACUCAAUCAGACACAUGUUGGAGAUUUGCUGAGAACACCGUCAUACGCCUCGCUGCUGGCGCUGAGGUAGCUACUGAUGUUAUCGCGAUCAAUUCCACAGAUGGAAAAGGCCGUGGCAAGGUGUUCAAUGUGCCUCAGUUCGUGUUUUUUUGCGCGAGGACAAUGAAUGCUGAUGGUCUUGCUGAGGGAGUUACUGGCAUGGCUGGCCUCGGAAGGACGAAGAUAUCGCUUCCUGUUCAGUUAGCCUCUGCUUUAAACCUUAAACGAAACUUUGGACUUUGUCUGAGUUCUUCGACAACAACAAACGGUGUCGUGAUCUUUGGAGAUGGACCGUAUAAUUUUGAUGACUCUAACAUACUCAAGUACACAUCACUCAUCGUCAACAAAGUGAACACUCAAGUUCAAGUUCUUCGAGGCGAAGCUUCGCCCGAGUACUUCAUUGGAGUAAAAUCAAUAAAGAUCAACAACAAAAUUGUGAAUCUCAACACCACAUUGUUGCAGAUCGACAAUAGAGGAUUCGGUGGAACUAGACUUAGUACUGUGAAUCCGUACACGGUCUUGGAAACUUCCAUCUAUAAUGCGGUGAUUAAAGCUUUCGUGACUGAGCUUAAAAAUGUGACUAGAGUUCCGGCUGUGGCACCUUUCGGAGCAUGCUUCAAUUCAAAGAACAUUGGCAGUAGUCGCGUCGGUCCGGCCGUGCCGAGUAUUGAUCUUGUGCUGGAGAAGGAUGUUGUGUGGAGGAUGUUUGGUGCGAAUACAAUGGUGAGGGUAAACAAGGAUGUUUUAUGUUUAGGGUUUGUGGACGGAGGUGAACCUACUUUUAUUACCUCCAUAGUGAUCGGAGGACAUCAACUUGAGGAUAAUCUAUUGACGUUUGAUCUUGUGAAAUCAAAGCUUGGGUUCAGUUCUUCACUUCUGUUUAGACAAACAACAUGCUCAAACUACAGGCUCAUGUCCGAAGCUUAGACGGUGCAAAGUAUUCUGUCUGUCUUCAUUCGUGAUCAGUCUUAAUCAUUGUUUCGUGAAUUUUAUAGAGCUUGCACUUUUGUAAGUUCAAAGUACUUCGUAUUAUGAAAAAGUGGAUUUUCCCAACAUCCAAA